GGGCUUCUCCAGAAACGCCUAGAGAACAGAUACGCUUCCAAACCAGCGCCUCCACAAUGGGCCCCCAGACGGCAGAGAGGCCUGAGAGGUGGGCUGGGGGUGGGGGAGGGAGGCUGGUGAUCCCAGGUGCAGCUCACCGGCUCCAUGCUUGCUUGCAGCCCGGGCAGGGGCAGGGGGAAGGGCGGGCUGCGCUCCCGCCCCACUUCCUCCCGCGGCGGGGGGCCGGGGAGGGGUCGUUGACCACGUGACCCUCCAGGUCCGGAGGCGGAGGCCAGCGCUCGAGGACGCGGGGGCGGGGCGGAGCCACCGCCUGGGAGUCCACCGGAGCAACCUGAGCUGCCAGCCGAGGAAGCCAUCGCCUACUGCUGUCCCGGUCCGGCGCGCCGCCAUGGGCCGGGGGAUCCGGGGCGCGCUGCCGCCUGGGCCGCCGCCGCUGUAUCUGCUGCUGCUGCACCUCCUGCUGCCGCUGCCUGCAGCGCGCACGUACAGCCCCCGGAUCAGCCUGCCGCUGGGCUCUGAGAAGCGGCCAGUCCUCCGGUUUGAAGCUGAGAACAUUUCCAACUACACCGCCCUUCUGCUGAGCCAGGAUGGGAAGACGCUGUACGUGGGCGCCCGAGAGGCCCUCUUCGCCCUCAGUAGUGGUCUCAGCUUCCUUCCUGGUGGAGAGUACCAGCAGCUACUGUGGAAGGCGGAUGCAGACAGGAAACAGCAGUGCAGCUUCAAGGGCAAGGACCCACAGCGUGACUGCCAAAACUACAUCAAGAUCCUCCUGCCACUCAACAGCAGCCACUUGUUCACCUGUGGCACGGCCGCUUUCAGCCCCGUGUGUACCUACAUUAACUUGGAGAAUUUCACUCUGGCACAGGACCAGGCGGGAAGUGUCCUCCUGGAAGAUGGCAAGGGCCGCUGUCCCUUCGACCCCAACUUCAAGUCCACAGCCCUGGUGGUUGACGGCGAGCUCUACACCGGAACAGUCAGCAGCUUCCAGGGGAAUGACCCAGCCAUCUCCCGGAGCCAGAGCCAGCGCCCCAUAAAGACGGAGAGCUCCCUCAACUGGCUGCAAGACCCAGCCUUUGUGGCCUCAGCCUACAUCCCCGAGAGCCUGGGCAGCCUACAAGGGGAUGACGACAAGAUCUACUUCUUCUUCAGUGAGACCGGCCAGAAGUUCGAGUUCAUCGAGAAUACCAUAGUGUCCCGCAUCGCCCGCGUCUGCAAGGGUGACGAGGGUGGCGAGCGGGUGCUGCAGCAGCGCUGGACAUCCUUCCUGAAGGCACAGCUGCUGUGCUCACGGCCCGACGACGGCUUCCCGUUCAACGUGCUGCAGGAUGUGUUCACGCUGAGCCUCAGUCCCGACGAUUGGCCCCAGACCCUCUUCUAUGGGGUCUUCACCUCCCAGUGGCACAGAGGCACCACGGAGGGCUCUGCCGUGUGUGUCUUCACCAUGGAGGACGUGCAGAAUGCCUUCAAUGGCCUCUACAAGGAGGUGAAUCGGGAUACCCAACAGUGGUACACCGUGACCCACUCCGUGCCUACGCCCCGGCCUGGAGCGUGUAUCACCAACAGUGCCCGCGAGAAGAAGAUCAACUCAUCCCUGCAGCUCCCAGACCGUGUGCUCAACUUCCUCAAGGACCAUUUUCUGAUGGAUGGGAAGGUGCGCAGCCAACUGCUGCUGCUGCAGCCCGAGGCCCGCUACCAGCGGGUGGCCAUCCACCAUGUGUCUGGCCUGAACCGUACCUACGACGUCCUCUUCCUGGGGACCAGUGAUGGGCGGCUGCACAAGGCAGUGCGAGUGGGUGCACAGGUGCAUGUCAUUGAGGAGCUACAGGUCUUCGAGCCAGGGCAGCCCGUGCAGACCCUGCUCCUGGACAAGCAUGGGGGACUGUUGUAUGCGGCUUCGUACUCAGGCGUGGUCCAAGUGCCCUUGGCCAACUGCAGCCUCUACCAGAGCUGUGGGGACUGCCUCCUCGCCCGGGACCCCUACUGCGCCUGGAAUGGCUCCAGCUGCAACCACAUCAGUCUCCACAAGCCAGAAUUGGACUCCAGGCCCUGGCUCCAGGAUAUAGAGGGGGCCAACGCCAAGGACCUCUGCAACACAGCCAUGCCCCGCUCUUCACCAAAAGCAGGCAAGAAGCCCUGUGAGAGUGUCCAGUUCCAGCCCAACACGGUCAGCACCUUGGCCUGUCCACUCCUCUCCAACCUGGCCACACGACUUUGGCUGCACGAUGGUGUCCCCGUCAACUCUUCAGCCUCCUGCCGCGUGCUGUCCACAGGGGAUCUGCUGCUGGUGGGCAGCCGGCAGGCAGUGGGGCGCUUUGAGUGCUGGUCAGUGGAACGGGGCUUCCAGCAGCUGGUGGCCAGCUACUGCCCAAAGGUGGAAGACGAAGCUGGCGAGCACACGGAGCAGAGUGGCAGCGUGCCUGUGGUCAUCAACACGUCCCGUGUGAGUGCCCCCGCGGCUGGCAAGGCCAGCUGGGGCACCAACAAGUCCUACUGGAAUGAGUUCCUGGUGAUGUGCGCGCUCUUUGUGCUGGUAGUGAUCCUCCUCAUCCUCCUCUUCCUCUACCGGCACCGAGAUGGAAUGAAGGCCUUCCUGAAGCAGGGCGAGUGUGCCAGUGUCCACCCCAAAGCCCAUACUGGGGCCUUGCCCCCUGAGACACGGCCACUCAAUGGUGUUGGCCCACCCAGCCUGCCCCAGGACCACCGUGGCUACCAGGCCCUAUCUGACAGCUCCCCAGGGCCCCGGGUCUUCACGGAGUCUGAGAAGAGGCCGCUCAGCUUUCAGGACAGCUUCGUGGAGGUGUCGCCCGUGUGUCCUCGUCCGCGGGUCCGCCUGGGCUCAGAGAUCCGGGACUCCGUAGUGUGACAGCUGACUUCUGGAAGAAGUCCCUCUGGCUUUGGGGGCGACCUGACCCUGCAGCACGCCUGGGCCCACAUGCCCAGCACUUGGGAGCAUUGGAGCAAGCUGGCUGCUGGCCCUGCCACACAGAGAGGCAUGCCAAAGUUUCUGGCUGCAGAGGGGAUCUGCCCAGGUGGCAGAAAAGCACUCCGUGUGAACUGAGCCCUUUGUUUAAACAAAAUCGAAAAUGUGAAAUCAGGGAGAGACACGGACAGCUAUGCCCACAGCUGGGCUGCUUCCCAGCCUUCCAGAGGCGGCAGGCAGUUCAAAAUGACUGUUGGGGACCGAGCUGGUGACCCUUCGCCUUAGCCUGUUGCCCCAUCUUGCUGUGUCACCACAGCUCUAGGGCUGGCUCUGCCAGCCGGCCGAGGACACAUUCCUGGCCACCAGCAUCUCACCUCAGGAAGCAGAGGGCUGGACCAGAACCACAGGGCAGGCCCCCCCCCCCACCUUUGGACCUCUCCAGCCUGUAUCAGGCUAUAGCUACAUGAGAGGGCAGCCUGUGCCUGGGAAGGUGGGGGACCUACAGCAUUUCCUGUGGGUGUAUCCCAGGGAGCAAACUGCCUGCCUCCCUGCUGGGGAACUCAUCUGUCUCUCCUACCACUUCUUGAGACUCAGGUCUGGCACCUCCCUGUGGCCCUCUCCCCACUCCUUCAGAUCCAAGCCAGGCACCUCCCUGUCUCCUGCUCACCCUUCUCCCCUGCCACUGCCCCUCAACCUGCCCUCCACUUCAAGGGAUAUGACACUGCCCAGCCAAACAUGGGGAGCCUGAAUUCACGUGGGUUUUAUAUUUUUUUUAAUUAAGAUGCACUUUACUUUUUUUUUCUUUUUUAGUAAAAUCUGAAGAAUUGUUGUUGAAUCUGAGCCCUUCCUCCUUGUAAGCCUGGUGCUUUCCAAAGCUAGUCCAAUUCUGAGCUCACAGGGCAACAGUGGUUCAGAGCCAACCAAGGGAGAACAUGGUGUUCAUGGCUGGGGUGCUGGCCCUGGGGCUCCCCACUGCCCUAACAGAAAGCUCAAGUGAAG